AUGAGUGAGGCACAAGGACCUGUCAUGAGCAUCGGCAGCGCUCCUGUCAUAUAUGACCAUCCGCCGAUCGCUUCUCCUGUAUCCUAUCCCAAGACACGGCCCGCUCAAAUCCUCGAUAUUCGCAAGCGGACUUCUCGUACAGACCUGUACCAUCAAAUCUUGGCUGGGCUUUGGGCUAAAGAUAAAGAAUUGCCUUCUCUUCUCCUCUGGAACGACUGUGGUCUGGACCUUUUUAGUGAGAUACUAAAUAGUGAUGAGUACUAUCCACGUCGUCGGGAAACACAAUUGCUCCAGACGCAUGUAAAUGAAUUUACACGCUCGAUCUCAUCUGGCGAAAGAUUGAUAGAACUUGGUGCGGGCAACCUUCAAAAGACCGUGUCAGUACUGCGCUGCCUGGAGCAGAAUAGAAAGCACGUGGAAUACUGUGCACUAGAUGUCAGUCACGCUGCCCUGCAAAGUAGCAUCACCGAACUCAAAACACAACUUCCAUUUGCUUCAUAUGUCACCAUUCGUGGGCUCCUGGGUACAUAUGACGACUGCGCGUCAUGGCUGAAGCAGAGCGGAGCUACCGUGCGAACGACCUUUCUCUGGCUAGGAAAUAGCAUCGCCAAUUUCGAGCCAGAAGAUGCAACGAGCAUCCUGGCAGACUUCCUCCAGACCAAUGAAUCUCCGUCUCACUCUCCACAAAUGAUCAUUGCAGUGGAUGGUUGUCAGGAUGUUGAGCAGAUUCUCGAAGCGUAUGACAUGCCGAACAAACUAUCCCGGAAGUUCGUUUUUAACGGACUAUCGCAUGCAAACCAAAUUCUUGGCUCUGAGGUGUUCAAGCCCCAGCAUUGGACAUUUGUCGGGAAGUGGAAUCCUGUCAAAUCCAUGCAUGAAAGCUUUUACGUUGCAAAAAUGGCUAUGAGCUUAGAUAUUGGCGAUGAGAGGUUCCACGUUCACGCUGGAGAAAAAGUCCGGGCCAUUACCAGUGGGAAAUGGCCCAAGGAUAAAGUUACUAGCAUUUGCCAUGCGGCAGGCAUAAACGUUGUGAAAGGAUGGACGGAUGGGGAAGGUACCUAUGGUAAGAAUAUCACAUAA